AGGAAGUGGGUAUGCUCGCCAUAAACCAACUUUGUUAUAGGACCUCAUUUCAAGCACUGAGAGUAAAACGGACAUUUUCAGACUGCUGCUACAGAAGCAAUUCAGCCAUACAGCCGUCUUUCUUAAGAUGGACACGCGUGGACGGAAGAAGGCCGUUUCAAAUGAAACAUCUGAGGCAAAUGUUCUACCACCACAGCAGAGUAAAGCAGUAUCGCCAACCGUCUUGCAAGACUUGCAGAUCAUGAAGAUGCAUCUUGAAACUGAAAAAGAAAAAAAUAAAUGUCUUCAGGAAACAAUAAAACAUCUUCAAUCUGACAAGGAAUUCCUUAAGGAGCAGCUUUCACGAAUGACAGGUAGACCAUCGUCAAGCCCUUCAGUGUCCAGUGUUUCAGGAUCAUCUACAGCCACUCCCAAAGUAAAAGGAAAGAAGGCUAUUGGAACAGAGGAAGAGUCAAGUGGUGAGAUAGCAGUUCUCUCCACAGAAUCAUCAACUAUCGAUGAAUCAUCUGAUGAGGAGAUGAAGCCUUUUUCGAAGGGGAAGAAACAAAGAUCAGCAAAGCAAGAUGACCUGAGUCGCACUCGAGCGAAAACUGUUCGUGGAGUAAUCCUGCGUUACAAGCGUGCCCUACAAGCCUUUAACCAGGGUGGGUCGAUGAAGAAGGCUUUCCAAAAAGUGGGAGUGGACCGCAACACCAUAUCCAGGUCAUCACCGAUUGCUGAGCUUGCUCUAGCGGCACCUGGUGUCUUUCAGGCUCUCCCCCCCUGGAAUGCCCAAGUGGAGAAGUUGUCAACAUUUGUGGACAGGUGUCGAGAGGCAACGACUGAUGAAAUCAAGGAAAAAAUCAUGCAAAUGAAAUCAUGUGGAGAACUGUUACCCAUGAGCAACUGAGGCAUAGUUCAGGAUUUAAUUUGUUCAGUUAAUUAAGUUAAGAAGUAUGGGUAACACUUUAUAAUAACUUUCAUUAAUAAGCUUUUAACUAAUGAUAAGUAAAUGUGAACAAAGCAUUAGUUAAUCAGAAUUUGAAUAUCAACAAAUGUUUACACAUGGCACUUAGUUUUCAGCAUGGAUAUUCAUAUUUAGAAAUGUUAACAAAUCAUCAGAAUUUGAACAUUAAUAAAUCACCUGACAAACCUGACAAAUGUUUAUCAAUUAAAGUUCAUGUUUCCAAAGUGUUCAUUAAUAUUUACAAAUAUGUUAGCCACUUUUUAGUUCCGUAAAAUGUGAAAAACAAUAGUUAUUAAUCAUUAGUUAAUGGUA